CGCUCUCCACCCGCACCGGGCUGAAUGGGCUUCCGGGACGCCGCCCGCCGUGAGGAGUUGGCGGAUCCUCAGCGCCCCGAGCCCCUGUGACUCGCCCUCCUUCGGUCAGAAACCCUCCUCCCGGGCCCGCGCGGGAGGAGCGGGACCUCUGAGGGGAGCGGCGAGCCCGCCGGCCCCGGUCUCUUUCCCUGGCGGAGGCGGCUUCUUCCGUAGGACAAUAUGUUCAAGAGAAUGGCCGAAUUUGGGCCUGACUCCGGCGGGAGAGUGAAGGGGGUUACAAUUGUUAAGCCAAUAGUUUAUGGCAAUGUUGCUCGAUAUUUUGGAAAGAAAAGAGAAGAGGAUGGGCACACCCAUCAGUGGACAGUAUAUGUAAAACCCUAUAGAAAUGAGGAUAUGUCAGCAUAUGUGAAGAAAAUUCAAUUUAAAUUACAUGAAAGCUAUGGCAAUCCUUUAAGAGUUGUUACUAAGCCUCCAUAUGAGAUUACUGAAACAGGAUGGGGUGAAUUCGAAAUAAUCAUCAAAAUAUUUUUCAUUGAUCCUAAUGAAAGACCUGUGAGUAAUGUAUCUUUGCAGGUAACGCUGUAUCAUUUGUUAAAGCUGUUUCAAUCAGAUACCAAUGCAAUGCUGGGAAAAAAGACAGUGGUUUCAGAGUUCUAUGACGAAAUGAUAUUUCAAGACCCAACGGCAAUGAUGCAACAAUUAUUAACAACAUCUCGUCAGCUUACCCUAGGAGCCUAUAAACAUGAAACAGAAUUUGCAGAACUUGAAGUGAAAACCAGAGAAAAAUUAGAAGCUGCGAAAAAAAAAACAAGCUUUGAAAUUGCAGAACUUAAGGAGAGAUUAAAAGCAAGUCGUGAAACUAUAAAUUGUUUAAAAAAUGAAAUCAGAAAACUCGAAGAAGAUGAUCAGACAAAAGAAAUAUAAACAGUUCCAAAGAGAGCUUGAUAGUAAGCUAAACUGAAGAUAAGGUGAACUUUAAAGGGGAGAUGGACUACAAGUGCUGUGAUGUUUCGUAGAGGAACAGUUAUGUCGUUGACCAUUGAUUUCUCAACAAUGGAGUCAAAGUGUUUGUACUUUUCAAGCAAUCUUUAAUGUGAAAUAUAUGUGUACAAAAAGAAUGAAGGCUGUAUAGGCAUUUUAUCAACUCAUUUCAGGGAAGUUCUGUGAUGUUAAGCACAAUUUUAAAACAUUUUUAUUGCAUUGUGUGUAUAGAUUAUCCUUUUGACGGGUAUCGGAAUUUCAUUAUAAAGUAUAGCUUGUACAAAUUUUGUAUUCCCCUGGUAGUUAGAAUUAGUGGUAAAAUUAAUGUAUAUAUUUAAUUUCUUAACUUCUUACUGCCCCCAUCCUAACUCUUUUGUAUCUGAUGUGCCCAGUGCCCAAUAAGCAGUCAAUAAAUGUAGUUUACAGAUGCUG